UGAAACUUUGAGUCCAAAACCAACCAAAAUUUCCAGUUUGAAUAAUAAGCUUCACGCUCUGUAUGUGAUAAAGUGAAAGCAACCGCCUCCAUUUUCACUAGUAUAUUCCUACGUCCAACCCUAUUUUUGCCUAUAAAACUCUGUCUCCAUUUAAGAAGAGGGUAGAGAUUGGUUUUGGAUCCUGAAGUAGAGGAAAUGGAUGAAGAAAGGGUAAAUAAUGGAAUCAACGCAGAAGAAGGAGAAUAUGAGAAGAAUGGUAAGAAGGAGGUGAAGGGAGGUGGUGAGAAGUCGGUGGAAGAGAUCUUUCAGAGCCAGGAAGUGCCAUUGUGGAAGAACCAGCUGACGAUUAGGGCCUUUGGUGUCAGCUUUUUGUUAAGCAUAAUGUUCAGUUUCAUAGUGAUGAAGCUCAACUUAACGACCGGGAUUAUCCCUUCCCUCAAUGUCUCGGCUGGCUUGUUGGGGUUCUUCUUUGUCAAGACAUGGACCAAGAUGCUCCAAAAAUCUGGUCUUCUCAAACAGCCUUUCACCAGGCAGGAAAACACUGUUAUUCAGACCUGUGUGGUUGCCUCCUCCGGUAUCGCCUUCAGCGGAGGAUUCGGGAGUUACCUGUUUGGAAUGAGUGAACGCAUAGCCAAGCAAUCAGAUGACAACGGUAGUUUCAAGAAUCCAUCACUUGGAUGGAUUAUUGGCUUCCUCUUUGUUGUUAGCUUUCUUGGUCUUUUCUCUGUGCUCCCUCUUCGGAAGAUAAUGGUCAUAGACUUCAAGUUGACAUAUCCAAGUGGUACUGCAACUGCACAUCUUAUCAAUAGCUUCCACACUCCUCAAGGGGCCAAGCUAGCAAAGAAGCAAGUAAGAGCAUUGGGCAAGUUCUUUUCUUUCAGCUUCUUGUGGGGUUUCUUUCAAUGGUUUUUCACUGCAGGGGAAGAUUGUGGAUUUGUUAACUUCCCUACAUUUGGGAUUAAAGCAUAUAAGAACAAGUUUUACUUUGAUUUCUCAACAACGUAUGUUGGAGUAGGGAUGAUCUGUCCCUACAUAAUUAACAUAUCGGUGCUUCUAGGAGGAAUACUUUCAUGGGGUCUAAUGUGGCCUCUCAUUGAAACAAGAAAAGGUGAUUGGUAUCCUGCAGGUAUUCCCGCCAGCAAUAUGCAUGGCCUACAAGGUUACAAGGUAUUUAUUGCAAUUGCCAUGAUUCUAGGUGAUGGGCUGUACAACUUCUUCAAGGUGUUUAGCAGAACCCUUACAGGCUUGUUUCGGCAAGUCCGAUGCAAGCAAUCUCUCCCCGUUGCAAACCGGCCUAGUACUUCUGAUACCUCAAAGAAGAUAUCCUAUGAUGACCAGCGCCGGACCGAAAUAUUUCUAAAAGAUCAGAUUCCUGUAUGGUUUUCUAUUGCAGGUUAUGUCACAAUUGCUAUCAUCUCUACCAUCGCUCUUCCACACGUCUUUCACGAUCUCAAAUGGUAUUACAUAUUGGUCAUCUACGUGUUUGCACCGACACUGGCUUUCUGUAAUGCAUAUGGAUGUGGACUCACUGAUUGGUCCCUUGCUUCCACCUACGGUAAGCUAGCAAUCUUUACGAUUGGAGCUUGGGCAGGUUCACAUGGAGGAGUCCUUGCAGGCCUCGCGGCGUGUGGUGUGAUGAUGAACAUUGUUUCAACAGCCUCCGACCUAAUGCAGGAUUUUAAGACUGGUUACCUCACCCUGGCUUCUCCUAGAGCCAUGUUCGUUAGCCAAGUGAUUGGCACUGCCAUGGGCUGCAUCGUUUCACCUUGUGUCUUCUGGCUAUUCUACAAGGCAUUCGAUGACUUUGGUGUCCCUGACAGUCAAUAUCCUGCUCCUUUCGCCAUCGUUUAUCGCAACAUGGCGAUAUUGGGGGUUCAGGGCUUCUCUGCUCUACCAAAAAACUGUCUCCUACUUUGUUAUGGGUUCUUUGGUGCAGCCAUCUUGAUAAACUUAAUGAAGGAUAUGAUGGGUAAGAAAUGGGGAUCCUUCAUUCCACUUCCAAUGGCAAUGGCAAUACCUUUCUAUAUCGGACCAUACUUUGCCAUUGAUAUGUGCAUAGGAAGUUUGAUCUUAUUCGUGUGGGAAAAGCUAAACAAGGCAAAGGCAGAUGCAUUCGCACCGGCAGUCGCCUCUGGUCUCAUCUGUGGGGACGGUAUAUGGACAUUGCCGAGUUCAAUACUUGCUCUUGCAGGGGUUAAACCACCUAUUUGCAUGAAAUUUCUUUCAAGGGCUACAAAUGCAAAGGUUGAUACCUUCUUAGGAUCAUAAAUCAAGUUUGAAGAAACUCAUUCGUCAAUCAAGGAAGUAUAGCUUCCUUCUUCUUCUUCUCAUUGGUGUCGACAACACGCAAGGGAGUGAGAGCGAGCGGUAGAGGUUGAGAUAGCAAGAUGAAGACGAAAUGACGUUUGAUCACUAUCAAAUGAUUAUAGGUGAGGCGUUGAAUAGAGAAUCAAAGUUCCUCUAGUUGUUUAUUGUUCUUUUUUAGCAUCAUUCUAGUUGUUGGUUUAUCUUUGUUUUAGACCUUCUCUACUUGUUCCUUAAAUUAACUUCUUUCAAUUUCGUGUUUC